AUGCGUGAAGGUCGACAAUAUCCGGUUGCUUUUGAGCAAGGCUUUUAUACCAGAGUCGCUAGUAGAGACACGAUAAGUGAACUUUUAAUUUUAUUUAUUUAUCUAUCUAUCUAUCUAUCUAUCUAUCUAUCUCCGGCUAUUCAUAUCUAUCAACGUCUAUUCAUAUCUAUCUAUCUAUCUAUCUAUCUAUCUAUCUAUCUAUCUAUCUAUCUAUCUAACGAGCUCUUGUUUAUAACAAAAGAACCCCGUGUCUUAUUGUUUCUGUGUGUUUAUUCUGAUUAUCUUCUUUUUAUUUCAAUUAUUUCUUCAGAUAUUAAGAAGAACUUGUUCGAAUCGCUCAGUUUCUCUCAACCAACAGAUUUGUAUGGUGAUCUAUCUAUCUAUCUAUCUAUCUAUCUAUCUAUCUAUCUGUUGGGUAGUCUAUGUAUCAAUCAUUUUGUCAUUUCAUCUAUUUAUCUUUGA